AUGGAUCGUCUCAAGCCGCUUCCCCAACGGAGACGCGCACUUUCAGUCAACAAUGCUACUCACUCUGAAAAGGUUGCCAUGAACUCUGCCCUUGAUAGCCUCCAGAGCGAUUUAAAUUUAAUUUCGUCAGAAUGGAAUAGGGUUAUAACUGCCAACGCGAACCCAUUGGAGCUUGCACUGGCAUUCUUAGAUGACACCUCUGUUGGUCUUGGCCAUAGAUACAAUGAAUUCAAGCACCUCAACUCUCGGCUUGCCAACGACCUUCAACACGCUGUGAAUGAACAUUAUCAGGCAUUCAACACAAACAUUGCCUCCUAUGAGCAGACCGUUGAGUUCAUAAACGAGUCUCAGGAACAUAUUCGUGCGAUAAAGGAAGAUAUGACGGCUUCCACAAGCGCGCUGGCGGGUACGCGGGUUCAGCUUGAGGAGCUCAACGAGUCAUCUCAGCAAUCCAAUCGGAUUCUCGAGGUUCUUAAUGCAAUAGAAAGGCUCCUCGCUCUACCUGACGAAAUCGAAGAUUACGUGAGAAACAAAUUUUAUAGUGGUGCAAAAGAAGCUUUAUUGCGUGGAUCCUCGUUGGCAGCAACAUAUAACCUUUGGAAAAUUCCGACGUUACAAACAACGAGACAGAUAUUACAAUCGCAAAAGCACACACUCUUUGAGACUUUGGUUGAAGAUAUAAGCGAUCUAAUUUAUUCUAAAAAGGUUUCUCCGAGCAAGCGCUAUCAGAUCAAAUUAUCUCAGGCUGGUGACAACGAUUACAGUAACCUGGAAUCGCACCUUUUCAAUGCAGCUGAUCUAGACAUCGAAGAACAGUCAACCACCAUUAAGUCUGACCUGGAAAAGUUUUUGGAUACAUUGAGCAAUCAAGUCAAUUUUGUCGCGGACCACAGUUUCGCGCUCAAUAUCAAGGAGAAUACUUAUGAAAGGCUUUUCAGCUUGCUUCAAAUUUUGAAUGACAUGGGUCAGCUACAUGCGGCGCUUGAUGGAAUCUCAAGUCGCACCAAAGAAGAAAUGCACAACAUAAUCGCGAAUGCAACGGAGGAAAUGAGGGUUAAGCAUGGUUCUUUGAUAAAAUUGUCAACUCCUCUCGAGAGUGACAGUGACUUUGGACUGACGGGCGAAGAAGCAUUGUCAGUGUACUUGAGGGACUUCUUUUGGAAGGUCUUUUUAAAGCUUCUUUUGGCCCUCCAAUGCCAUCGCGCAAUCUAUGAAAUUGCUAGAGCCUUGCAACCUUCAGUCAUGGCUGAAAGAUACCGCUUUGGCGAAAUUUGGCAUAAGACCCUCGAUGAGAUACAGAUGUUUAUGACCAAUUACACCAGAGAAAACAAGCUGCGAGUGUCUUCACUAAAUAAUGUGUUAAGAGGCACCGAAAUCAACAAAACCUAUAAAUCCAAAAGGCCGCUUACGUUUUCCUUACAAAACAAUGUCGAUGACGCCUCCUCAACCCGCGAUCACGCAAACAAUUUGAGAGACCUGUUCAAAGAGAUGUUUCCAGGGUUUUCCGCAUCGACCAGUAUGAAGCUGAAGUCGAUCUAUCUUGAGGAAGAAACUUUUGAACAAGAGGAAACACUUAUCCCCCCUAAGGUCUUCAACAUGGCUUUCAUUUUCGAGUCACUACUUCUCUUUGUGGACGGAUGUGCGGAAAUCGUUCCUUUGGACCUUGCAAAAGCUUGCGUUUCCGCUGUGACCUUUUUUAAUCAAUUCAUGAGCCAAAAUUUUCUUCCGCAGCUUGAACACUCGUUAGCCCAUCUAUUCGAGGUCAACGUCGAAAGCACUAACACGUAUCUUCUGGAACUGCAAGCGGAAGGGCCACCUAUAUUUAAGGCUGCGAUAAACUUUAAGGAUCUAUUUUUCAAAAUUCUUUGCAUUUUGAACACGUCGCACACUUACCGCCCGAAGCUUGUUGCUGUAGUUUUAAAGGUUCUCGAUAGGUUCUAUGAGUAUUAUGAAGGAACAUUUGCAAGGCUCCUGGGCACAUCCUCCACUUCAAGAUCUGGGAAAAAGAUAAUUAAUGUCUGGCUUGAUAACGAAUCCUUAAAAACUGCGACAGGAAAAUUUAUAAAUGGAGAUUCCACUUGUCUCGGCACGGAAAUUUCUUUGUUGCUUAAUACUUGUCCAGUAUUUACUAAGCAGGAGGCAAACUUCAGUAAGCAAGAAUUUUUCAAUGCGCUCACCUCGGACACAGUAUCAUCCUUUUUGAACACUAUUAUUUGGAUCAAUAACUGGCUUCCAGAACUUGGCAAACAAACAACAGUUCUUGAAGAAGAUAAUCCAGAAGCUGUCAGCACAAAAAAGCUCAAAAAUGAGUGGUCGUCAUUUGAUUUCGCGAAUUUUGAAAACCUGGCGUCGGCCGACAGUUUCAAGAUUCUACUAAAUACUGAAAGUUGCAAACAGUUUGAUAGCGUUGUUCGAAGCUUCAAAAUCAUGGAAACAGAGCUGGUGAGUUGCCUGAGGUAUGAUGUUAGAGCGAGGGCCAUCUACUACGUUGCACAACUUUUCCGCGAGUCAUCCUGGUGCCCUGAAAUGGCUAGCGUCGAGCUUGACCAUAACAUUUCUUCUCUUACUACAGAGAUAACUUUGUUGGAAAGCAGAAUGAGGGAAUUAAUACCUUGCAAUUACAAAAACCUUAUAUUUGAAGGCCUUUCUGACAUGCUUUCGGAAACAUUUAUCGCGGGAUCGCGUACGAUAGUUGCCCUCAAUCAUAACGGGGUAAGGAAAUUACUAAAAAACAUCAGUAUUCUUCAACACACUUGUAGAAAUAUCGCAUCAUCGCCUGGAAAUGUGGAGAUGUCUGCUGCCCGGGAAUAUUUCAAUCUCUGUGCCUCCAAUGAACAUGAUGUUAUUGCCAAAUACAACGCUGGUGAAUUGCAAAGAUUUACACUCGAUGAUAUUAAAAAUAUACUGAGAUUGCAAUUGAGUGAAGAACUGAGACGUCAAAUGAAAAGAAGCAGCGGCGUGGGGAGAGUUACAUCCGUAUCAGCGAAUAAGCGCUUCUCAGAUGCUGUAAAUCGGUUGCAAAUCAAGAGACAUAACGAAUAA